CAUGGAAAAAUAGGGGCGUGUCCUCCUGUCGUCCUUUGUCCAAUAGCAUGUGCCUGUUGUUACUUUCGGUUUCACUGGCUGCAGGAAAGUCCGGGCAUUUCCUAUAAUCGACAUGUAAGCAGGUUGUAGUUUGCAUUAUGCUUAUUCGAUACUCAUAAUUUAUGGAAUUGCGAUUAGACUUCGCUAAUUUUUGAGUUGUACCUGAGAGGAAUAUAGGCUACCUACGCACAGAACACGUUCCAGGCGUGGAGGAAGGGAUUCUGCCACCCACUCCCAACAUCUUUUGGUCAUUUUACCGCUCAACCAGUGACGUUUCGUGAUGCAGAAAAUGUCCUACUUCUCACCUCUACUGUACCUGCUGGUAGACCUGUGUGUGGUCCAAGGCAUCCGUCAAGGCCAGCUUUCCCCUCUCCUCAUCUCCCGUCCAUUCGUGGUCCUGUGGGGAGGGGGUGUGCUGCGAUGCUGUGCACUCCUCUUUGUCACCUACUCCUAUCCUGGCACCUUGCCCUGGAUGAAGACGUUUGAGGGGCUCCAGACUCAGUGUGUCCUCAGCUUCUUGUCUCCAGCCUACAUCACCUUCUUGUGGACAAUCGGGCGCUCGGCUGUGGAGUUACUCUGGGGAUGGCACUCCUGGGAAGCGUUGCUACAGACGUAUGCGGUGGUUGCCGUGUCUUGGCUGUACUGGACGCGCCAUGUCCCAACCAUUCUCUCUGAGAAGAAGACGAAACCCGGGAAAGAGAAUGGGGCAUCCCUGAAUAGACUUCUUGGCUACAUGAAGGACUACUCCUGGCACUUCACCGUCGUUAUCACAUUAGUGAUCAUUUCCUCACUGUGUGAGAUGGCCAUCCCUCACUACACUGGCAAGAUGACAGACUGGAUCAUGAACGAAGACAAGCCUGAGGCCUUCUCUGAAGCCAUCACAAUCAUGACUGUCAUCACUAUUGGAAGUGCGGUGUGUGAGUUUGUGUGUGACUUGAUUUACAAUUUGACCAUGAGCAAAAUACACACGUUCAUCCAGGGCUUGGUCUUCAAGUCAGUGCUCAAACAGGAAAUAGCUUUUUUCGACAAAUCAACUACAGGUGACAUAGUGUCGCGCAUCACCACGGACACCAACACCAUGAGCGAGUCUCUGAGUGACAAGCUGAGCCUGAUGAUGUGGUAUUUCUGGAGGCUGGUCUUCCUCUUUGGCUUCAUGGUUCACCUCUCCUGGAAGCUCUCCCUCUUCACCUUCAUGGGCCUACCCGUCAUCUGGGUCAUCCCGGAGAUCUCCGGAAAGUUCUAUCAGAAACUAGCAAGGGACGUUCAAGCGUCGCUGGCGAAGGCUAACGAUGUUGCCAUGGAGACCUUUUCAGCCAUGAAGACGGUGCGCAGCUUUGCCAACGAGGAUGGCGAGACGGCGCGAUAUCAGAAGCGUCUGGAGGAGACCUACUCCCUCAACAAGAAAGAAGCGGCAGCCUACGCAGUCUCCACAUGGACCAACAGUAUGUCUAGCUUGGCUCUGAAAGUCAGCAUCUUGUACUAUGGCGGGCGGCUGGUGACAGGAGAUGACGUGAGCAGUGGAGAUCUGGUGUCCUUCGUGCUGUACGAGCUGCAGUUCACCAGCGCUGUGGAGACGGUGAUGAACUACUAUCCACAUGUCAAGAAGGCCAUUGGUGCCUCAGAGAAGAUUUUUGAGUAUGUGGAACGGACCCCCGACAUGCCCCCCGACGGCACUGAAGCGCCUGAACAACUUAAGGGUCACGUGCAGUUCCAAGAUGUCACCUUCUCCUAUCCAAAGAGACCAGAACAUGCUAUACUUAAGGGCCUGUCUCUGGAGUUGAAGCCUGGUCGGAUGAUGGCCCUAGUGGGUCCCUCUGGGGGUGGGAAGAGCACCUGUGUGAACCUGCUGGAGAGGUUCUACCAGCCGGAGCAGGGCAGCAUCCUGCUGGACGGACAGCCACUCAGCUGCUACAAGGACGACUACCUGCACAAAAAGAUAAGUGUGGUGAGCCAGGAGCCCAAGCUGUUUGCGCGCAGCCUGAGGGAGAACAUCAAGUAUGGCAUGGAGGAGGCCUCAGAGGAGAACAUGAUAGAGGCAGCCAAGAGCGCCUACGCCCAUCACUUCAUCACCAGCAUGCAAAAUGGCUACGACACAGAUGCUGGGGCUAAAGGUGACAUGGUGUCUGGCGGGCAGAAACAGCGUAUAGCCAUCGCCAGAGCCCUUAUCCGCAAGCCAAAAAUCCUCGUGCUGGACGAUGCAACCAGCUCCCUGGACACACAGAGUGAAGAACUGGUCCACCAGGCUCUGUCUAAGCUGCGUAGGGAGCAGCAGGUGUCCGUGCUGCUGAUCGCCCAUCGUCUGAGCGCGGUGGAGAAGGCCGACCACAUCGUCUUCCUGCAGCAGGGGGAGGUCCAGGAGGAGGGCACCCACGAGGAGCUGGUCCAGAGAGGAGGCCUGUACGCAGAGUUCGUCAAGAAGCAGAACACCUCCAUACACCGCAACGCAGAGGAGGAGCAGGAGGAGGAGACGGCAGAGGUCUCAUCACCUUAAGGAUGGUGGCUCCAGAUGUAGAGGGUUAUAGGCUUGGAGGAGGAAACCAACGCACACCAGAGCUUUCGAGGUGCAGGUAGCGGGUAGUAGUUCACUUUAGAGGCGAAGAUACCGCACACUCUUGUCCAUCAUGCUGAAUUUUAUUUAAAUGACAUGUGUGGUAUCUUAUUUUAUUUAUCUAUUUAAAUAAAAUGUGUGGUAUCUUCCCCUCUAAAUUGGUCACAUGCUACCAUCAGAGAUGCAGGAGGGGGACAUGGGGGGGACGAGGGUGAUCUGUCCCCUAGCCUGGCUCUCUAGCCAGAUGAAUGUGGGUCCGCCUUGCUCCACACGCAUUCAUCUGGUACUGCGGUCAUCACAGAAAGCGUGGCUUUAUCAAAAAUCCUUGUACAACCCUUGAAAGUCCCGUCACAUAUCAAGUCCUCUGCGGCAAUCAUGAUGGGUUCGUCUACCCGGAGGCUGUCUAAGCUUGCCCAGUAGGGGAUUCCUUCCAGACCUGUGUGUUCAGCUCGCGAUCGCACACAGAUCUGGCGAGAGCCAGGUUACAUGCCCCCCACAAUUAUUAGAAAACAAGAAAUGCCAUCCCCAUCCGCCAUUAGAAAAACAUUCAGAGUUGUAUAAAGUAAGUAAAGAGAUGUAUACAUGAGAAGUAGAAGUACUUUUACACAUGUAAUUGCAACCCUAGUAAUGAUUUUUUAAAGUUGAACCAUGUUGAAUAUCAUACCACUAGUGUUGUAAUUUAAUCUGCAAGAGUACCUCUACUUCUUUAUAAUACUCUGCCUACAUUUAUUAGACUUUUAGAAGAUCCUGGCCUUUGAUCUGCGCCCCUGGUUACCACCAUGAGUCCGUCCAUUAUGUGCUAGUGGAGUGAUUGAUUAUAACCAGACAUGGUUCAGCAAAAGUUGUCCGGAAACACUUGGAUGGCAUAAAUCAGUCGUUGUGGACAUUUAAUGACUGCUCUCCGCUCUUACGGCUCUAAUAUAAGACUGUACUUUCUGAAAGUGACGUCGAUCUAUUAUCCAUUCGUUAUGUCAGGGCCAGGCGGGUUUCAGAUUCAGAGUCCACCGGACUUGCCAGCAUCUUGCACAAGACUUGUGGAAGUCUAAAAUCUCACCUAUAGUUUUUAUUUUGCCGCUUUUCUUCUUGUUGGUCACUCCAUUUUGAUUGAACGUUUGCUUCUGCUAGCUGGUUUGUACAUCCCUGUACAUUCUUGACAGCUAUUGUAACUUCUCAGUUUCUUGUUCAUGUUUUACCACAGUUGACAGGGAGAUCAAUCAGCGAUAAGAGGCUUGAUUUGGACUGAGAUCGACAGGCAAAGCUGUCACAUUAGUUUGUAGAACUGAAAAAAGUCCCAUCGUAUAAUAGCUGAUUUUUUUUUGCAUAUGAUUUGUUGUACUGUCAUGAAGCCUACUUAAGGCAUGUGCAUUUUAUUUAAAACAUGGUUCUCAGGAUGUCUCUUUACAAAUCAGCAACUAUGACCGGAAUCAUUCACUCACAAGGCUUGAAAAGACCACUUCACAAUUUUUCAGUGUCAUCCUCAAUAAAUGUAUUUUCUGUAAUAUUCACUCUCUUCAUUUACUGCAGAUUAGAAAUGAUGUAUUGCAAGUGUGGUGUAUAGCCUAAGGGUUAUCUACUACUGAUAACCCUUGUCACUUAAAAGCAUCUGUGUGUCAGUCGAGCCCUAAUACUGGUCUAAGUUCCAGUGUGACACAUAAUGCUUAAUGUGGGACACAGCUUUGGUAAAAUAGUAUGCACAUUUUCUGUACACAUAUGGGAAAUGCUCUGGGCUUUGAGAUUAUAAUGCAACAUUUCAUACAGUGGAACAUAAAAAAAAACAAAAAAUACUUGAACAGUAUACAAGUAUAACUAUAACUUUUCCAAAGGAUGCAUUUUUAUGAACAUACUGGAGGCAUGUAGAAGCUAAAGCAGUUGUAAAGUAGUGGGGCCUUUUGAUCUAUUCCUGCCUCUUCCCUUUGCCCACAUCAAAGGCGUUCGGUAGCAGGCCAGCCUGUAGAACAUGCCCACACAACGCUUACUUGUUUACAGGAAGCAGACUUCAGAGUCUGGAAUUCAGAUGAAUGGGAUGAGAGACUGGAUAUGGAUGUGGAUGGACCGUAUACAUGUUUAACACAUAGACACAAAGAAGAAAGCAGACACCGAUUGGCAAAUGAUAAAGUAUCAGUCCAUCACUCUUUCAGGCAUGAAACAGUGCAGAGCUACUACUGAGCCAGAAGGAAAUGAUAACGCAUGUUCAUUCCACCUGCCUAGAGACGGUUGACGAUGCCAGCCUCCAAUCAGAAAACUGCCAAAGGUACCUCCCCCAUUACACCCACGUCACAGGGUUGGCACGGGUGGCAUAUACGGUCUACAUGUCUAGGAGGGUGACGCUUCUAAAACAUCUGCUCCCUCUUGUGGGUGAUCUCUAGAUCUCGCAGCAGCACUGAAACUACAGCAUUCGAUUACGGCUCUUGCAGCAUAAAGCAUAAAUCAUUAGAUUAGACUAGAGUAGCGGGUGGCCUACUGCACUGCACAAUCUGGAGAUGCUUCUGCAGGAUCCAGUCAUCGGAUUAAAGGAAUUUUUAAAAAGAACAAUUUAACUCUGGUCACCUGUUUUAAUCCAAGGACAUUCCCCAAAUUAAAAAAUGAAAUCCUUACAUAACACACAUUAAGAAAGCAAAUAGUGGUUAACAAAUAACACAAGAUAAAACAAAUAUAAGUAAGUGAAACACGAUGACCCACAGCCAAGCAUGAGUGACAGCCGUAUAUGUCUCUUUAGUGGUGUGAGGGCAUGGCUGUGCAUAUUAACCAGCACAUCAUGCCCCCAUAGCCGCAUUAAAGAGCAAUGGGGCCUGAAGUCAAACCUGCCUCAUUGAGCUUAAGACCCAAUCACAGCUGCUAGUGGUUCAGCCAGAGCAGAGACGCAAUAACGAAAAGACGGAAAAACACUUUUUAAAGAACAAAAUCUCUUUUAAUAUGUACAGCCAAGAGAUGAUGUUUGUUGAUGCAGCCAGAAGCUAUAUUAACUCAAAAUUGUACAACAGUCAAAAAACUCAACAAUGGGAUAGUUGGGAUAGUCUUUAACCAUUUUUGUUUUUUUUCUAACACUGAAAAGAAAAGAAAAAAAGACCAAAACAAUUGAAGACAAUUGAAAAAACAUGAUCUACAGUACACCUGUUGUACAAGGAAUGGCGUGAAGACCAGGUCUUUCAGCUUAAGUCAUUUCUUCCCCACUGUACAUGUGUCCUUGCCAUUGUGUUAGCAAUUAACGUGUCUUGUCCUGAGUUAACAUAGUACAAAUAAUACAGUUUGCUAAAUCGAGCAUAAAAACCAAGCGAAAAAACUAGCACCAUCCCCUCUAGCUUCAGACGAGCCAAAGCUAGAGUCUCCAACUCCUUUUUUUGUUUGAAUUUCUUUUUUUUAAUACAGUACCGACCGCAGACAAGGGUGACACAUCUGAAGUCCACAAGAGACAUGAGGUGAGUGUGAGAGUUGUCAUGAAAAACAACAAAAGGAAAAACAGCAAUGGUGACUGCUAGCUCGUUGGAAAAACAGCCAGCAAUGGCAUUGUGUAAAAAAAAAGACAAAAACAAAUAUCGACAAGACUAAACAACACAAGUAAGAAAAUAAAACCAAAUAGCUUAUUCUAUUUAACACAUUGAAAACUGGACCAAAGUGAUGCACACGCCGCUCGUGGGGUGCAAUUCACACCAUGCCACAUUUGAAGGGGUACUACCCUUUCAUCUUUUACACUAAUUACAGCGUAAUCGCUCACCUAAUUCAUAGUAGUACCCCCUCCCAGCAACCCCCUCGUCAUUCAAACUAUGAUUGUACGUAACGUAUAUAGUAAGGAACACACAAGACAGAAGGCCAAGAGAACACAUCACUUUUAACACAAGAGAAAGAACGUCCACUUCAAAAAGGG